GGUUAUGACACCCUCCUCCCUAAAAUGGCGGCAAGCUCAUCUCGGGACCUUCCGCAAGUUUCCAGUGAAGAAGGUGACAUAAAAGUAGGGGGAGAAUCAAGCCUAAGCAUGGAUGAAGAAAUUUUGAUCCCUGGGCUUUCUAAUGAUGUUGCAAUUCUCUGUCUUGUGAGAUUGUCAAGAGCUGUUAUCCCUAUUGCACGUUCAGUUUGUUCUGCUUGGAAGCAAUUGCUCGAUAGUGAUGAAUACCCAUUGCUUCGUAAAGAGGCAGGGAAAGCAGAAGGCUGGAUCUAUGUUUUGCCCGAGCACCCAAGUGGAAACAUUUUUAAAGCUUUUAACCCUAAAUUAAAUAAAUGGUAUGAUUUACCUCGAUUACCCGGAUUUGGAGAUGGUAGUGAAUCAUUGGCCAGCAGUUGGGAGGGCUUCUCUUGUGUUGCUGUUGAGGAUAUGUUGUUUAUCAUGGGUGGCAUCUAUCGAUAUCCAGAUUCUAGAACAGGUGUGGUCACUGGAAUCAUGAAAAUAUAUCACUCUCGAUUAAAUAAGUGGUUGGAAGGUGUGAGCAUGAUGACCCCACGGAGUUGGUUUGCUGCUGCAUCUAUCGGUAAACGAAUAUAUGUUGCAGGUGGCCAAGGAAGGACGGGGUUUCUUUCCACUUGUGAGUUUUAUGACGUCGAAAUGAAUGCUUGGUUCACUGCCCCAAACAUGGCUUGCGUGAGGUCUAGUUGUCGUGGAAUUGCCUAUGAGGGACGUUUUUGGGUGUUGGGAGGAGAGUUUGAGAGGCAUCAACAUGGGCUGCGGCCAGUUAAGGGUUCAGCUGAGGUUUAUGAUGCGAAGUCUGGGAAAUGGGUUUUAGUUCGUGAGAUGUGUGUGGACAUUCACAAGGUUCCAUGGCCGUGUACUAUCCAAGAAGGAAAAUUACUGACUCUUUAUCGAGACCGUAUCAUGUCCUAUGAUGUGGACCAAAACAGGUGGGAAGACAUGGGGAAAACUUGGGCUUCAAUGCCUUAUGGUACAGCAUUUGAGAGUGUGGGUGGUUGUGUUUUUGGCAUCGGUGGCCUCGCCUUCAUAGCAUCGAGACCAAUGAUGAGCAAGAACCUAAGCUCAGUUCACUCCUCGAAUCUUAGUCGAUCCGGGCUCUGUUCUGUUACAUGGAAAAAAUGUGCAGACAUACCUGGAGCUUCAGGGCAUCAUCACCAUCCAUUUCACAGAUGCACUAACAAGUUGGUUAGGAGUAUGGAAAAAUGUAUUCGGUGAGUCGGCCAACUCAUGUGUCCAACUUGGUUUUUGAAGGAUUUAUGACUUGAAACACAUCCUAAAUCACUGUAAAUCCAUUUUCACUUUAAAUCCAUGGAUUUGGAGCUCCAUAAUGUAGAUCUAGUGAUUUUUGAAGAACUAAAAUGAACAGUCCAAGAAAAAAAUAUAAAAUAAA